AUGAAGGUCCUCCUUCUGCUCCUUCUCUCCCCGCUCCAAGGGGUGGGAGCCAAUGGCCACUGGGAAGAGGACUUCCGCUUCUGCGGUGACCGAAACCAGACCCAGAACAGCUCUGUCAUCUACGAGGAUAGCCCUGACACCAUCUCCAUCGAGAACACGGUCCAGGCACUGAUAAUAAAAACGCCCUUUUUGCCAAGCAGGAGAAACUCUUCCUACAAGUACAGCUUGCCCCCUGCUUUAGGCAGGUACCGCUUCUGCAUCUACUGGUUCAAGGCCAACAGGACCCUAAGGCUGGCGUAUGGGAAGCAGAGCUUCCUCCUGGGUGGGGACCCAUCCAGCAGCAUUACCCGGGGGAAGGAGACUCAGAAGACUGAAAGAACCAGCACCUCCAUCUUCAACGUGUCCUACAUCUCAAGGGGCGGGAAGAACACCUCUGCUGACAGUGCAUCUGAAUACUCCUUCCCUGCCUUUCCAGAGAGCAUGCCCGUCUGGGAGCAAGAUGUGGAGGACCAGCUCACCGCCUUGGACAGCCUCAUUGCCCAGCCCUCAGUGCUGGCCACAGGAGCCACGGAGCAGCAGAUGCUUCGGCGCAAACUUGGGGAGCUGGAGAAGAUGCUGGCCAAGGUGGAGCUCAAAGGGCAGAAUCAGACCUUUGGAAAGGCCACUGUGCACGCAACUGUCCUGAGGGUCCAGCCCACUCGGGCUCCUCGGCACCUGGCCUUUGCUUCCCAAAGAGAGGAGGGUGGAGAGGUCCAUGGGUUCGCGGUGGACCUGCCAAGCAGCCUGUUCGUGACGGCGAAUGAGAGGGAGGAGGUGGUGGAGCACAGGGUGCUCCUCAUGGACAUCAACAGCCAGACCAUGUUCCAGGAUGAAAACAGCAGCCACAUCCUGGGUGACAAGGUGAUCAGCAUCUCCCUAGUGGACAUGGUGGUGGCCAACCUCUCCGAUCCAGUGGUCCUCACUUUCUUCCAUGACCAGCUGCCGAGGAAUGUGACCCCACUGUGCGUCUUCUGGCAGGAGGACACCACUGCCAGCUCUGGGAGCUGGGACAGCUAUGGUUGUACAACGGUGACGGCGGGCAGCCAGACGGACUGCAGAUGCAACCACCUCACCUACUUUGCCGUGCUGAUGGUAUCUUCUCCGGAGAUCACCUAUGUACACAGGGAUUACCUGAGUAUCAUAACCUACAUCGGCUGCCUGAUCUCAGCUUUAGCAUCCAUUUGCACUAUCUUCUUCCUCUACUUCAGAAGCAAGCAGCGAGACCAGAUCACGAGCAUGCACAUCCACAUGAACCUGCUGGGCGCCAUCUUCCUCCUGGAUGUCACCUUCCUCAUCUCCGAGCACUUGGCUUCCAGCAGCAGCGAGGCAGUCUGCAGAGCCGGGGGGCUGUUCCUGCACUUCUCCCUCCUGAGCUGCCUCGCCUGGAUGGGCAUUGAGGGCUACAACCUCUACCGGCUUGUGAUCGAAGUCUUCAAUGCCUACCAUGACCACUUCCUCCUCAAGCUCUGCCUGGUGGGCUGGGGACUUCCCUUCUUCUGCGUGACACUGAUCUUCCUGAUUAGCUGGACGAACUACGGCCCCUUCUCCAUUCCUGUCUAUGAAUCUGUUGGUGGCAAAUCCACCAACGCAACCAUAUGCUGGAUCACAAGCCCCCUGAUCCAUAAUGUCGUGAACCUGGGUUUGUUCAGCCUGGUGUUCCUCUUUAACUCGGUCAUGCUGGGGGCCAUGAUCCGGGAGAUCCUCCGGCAGAACAAGAAAGGCCACAAGCUCAAGCAUGUCCUAGCCCUCUUUGGGCUGAGCAUCCUGCUGGGCAUCCCCUGGGCACUGGUCUUCUUCUCCUUCACCUCCGGUGUCUUCCGCCUUGUCUCCCUCUACAUCUUCACCAUCAUCAACUCCCUCCAAGGUUUCCUCAUCUUCCUCUGGUACUGGACCAUGGUUCUGCAGGCGAGAAAGUCCCCUGACUCGCAGAGCAGCUCCGACAGUGUCAAACUGCAGCCCAACAGCAGCCAGUGCCACCUCGGCUGA